UUGUAUUCAACAAUUGGAGCAAAGAAGUGAAAUGAACUCAUAUAAAGUUUAAUUUUUUAUUUUUAAAAAGUUUUUUUAACUAUUGAAAAAUGCAAAUUUUAUUUAUUCAUCACAGGCCACCAGUGAUUUCAAGAGGGAAACUUCCCUUGUUGGUUCCUGUGGAUUCAUUGCCAUCUUUUCACAGCAUUUCAACAGCACCCACUUCUCCUUCAUUACAAUGUAGAAAAAUAUCGAGAUUGAGUUCAACGUGCAGCACAUUCAGAACACGAGCAUCCAAUGUGGGUUUUGGAUGCGGGGGCUAUGAUGAGAGGGAGGAAAAAGAGGACCAUAAAAGUAUUGCAAAGGGCCCAGGGAGUGACAGAUCAUCAGAAGAGGUGAAGCCUCCGAGUCAAAUUCCUUACCCUCUCUCCAUUGCUUUUGUCCUAUUGGGGUGUACUUUAGUGUUAUCACUAAUUGCCUUUGCAAAAGGUGGACCUUCAUCACUCUUAGCAGCGAUAGCGAAGUCGGGAUUCACUGCUGCCUUUACAUUAAUAUUUGUUUCCGAAAUUGGAGACAAGACGUUUUUCAUUGCCGCACUCUUGGCUAUGCAAUACGAGAAAGGACUGGUUCUGUUGGGGUCAAUGGGUGCUCUUUCUCUUAUGACAGUCUUGUCUGUAGUAAUCGGACGGAUCUUUCAGUCGGUCCCUGCUCAAUUCCAAACCACCUUGCCAAUCGGAGAAUAUGCAGCAAUAGCUCUUCUCGUAUUCUUUGGCUUAAAGUCCAUAAAAGAUGCAUGGGACCUUCCACCAGCAGUGGCAAAGAAAGGUACCGAGAGAGGUCCUGAACUUGACGAGUUUGUGGAAGCUGAGGAACUUGUGAAAGAACAGGCAUCAAAAAAGCUCACAAAUCCACUUGAAAUUGUCUGGAAGUCGUUCAGCCUUGUAUUCUUCGCCGAAUGGGGAGAUCGUUCAAUGCUUGCUACUAUCGCACUCGGUGCUGCGCAGUCACCAUGGGGUGUGGCAAGCGGAGCCAUUGCAGGACACCUACUUGCAACAUCGAUUGCAAUUGUUGGAGGAGCCCUUCUUGCCAACUAUAUUUCUGAGAAACUGGUUGGUUAUUUGGGUGGAGUGCUUUUUCUCAUUUUUGCUGUGGCAACAUUUUUUGGAGUUUUCUAAUUGAUUAUACAGAGCGUAUAGAGAAAGUCGGGCUAGUUUCCGGCACAAUCGAU